CUCCUCCGUCUGAGCGUCCUGUCCGGGACUGGACCCAGAUCUGGCCCACGAAGCGUUAAUCCGCAGUGGUGUGAAGUGGGCGGGACCCAGCGGGUCCGACAUUUGUACCCUCCACUCAGCAAAGUGCGGGAGAGCGUGAGAGUUACGAGUCCGCGCGCGGAGCCGCCGUCAUGUCGCGGGUCUUAAACCUAGUCAGCGCUAAAUUUCGGGGGAAACUUCGCGUCCCUCGUCAUCUAAUCCGAACCAUCAGCUGCUCGUCCGGGAGGCCCGGGGACCACAGUGACGCGUCCACGGUUUUGGGGAAACGAUGGAAGGACACGGCGGAGACCGUCAUCAUCGGAGGAGGGUGCGUGGGCACCAGCCUUGCCUACCACCUGGCCAAGGCAGGGAUGAAGGACGUGGUUCUGCUGGAGAAGACGGAGCUGACGGCGGGAUCCACCUGGCACGCUGCCGGCCUGACGACGUACUACCACCCUGGCAUCAACCUGAAGAAGGUCCACUACGACAGCAUCAAGCUGUACGAGACGCUGGAGGCGGAGACCGGACAGGCGGUGGGGUUUCACCAGCCGGGCAGCGUGAGAAUUGCCUCCACGGCGGCUCGCGUGGACGAGAUGAAGUACCAGAUGACCCGCACGCACUGGCACGUGACGCCGCAGUACCUGAUCGGGCCGGAGAAGGUCCAGGAGCUGUUCCCUCUGCUGAACAUGGACAAGGUGCUGGCUGGUCUGUACACGCCAGGCGACGGCCACAUCGACCCGUACUCGCUGACCAUGGCGCUGGCGGCGGGAGCGCGCAUGUACGGAGCCCAGAUUUACAACCCUGCUCCCGUCACCGGGCUGAAGCCGACCUCGGACGGCAAGUGGGACGUGGAGACUCCUCACGGGACCAUACGGGCCAACCGCAUCGUCAACGCCACAGGCUUCUGGGCUCGGGAGGUGGGUAAGAUGAUUGGGUUUGAGCACCCCACCAUCCCGGUCCACCACCAGUACGUGGUGACGGCCACGGUGCCUGAGGUGAAGGCUCUGAAGAAGGAGCUGGCGGUCAUCAGGGACCUGGAGGCCUCCUACUACCUGCGUCAGGAGCGGGACGGCCUGCUGUUCGGCCCGUACGAGAAGAUGGACAAGAUGGUUCUUCAGGACUCCUGGGUCCGAGACGGCGUUCCUCCAGGCUUCGGUAAGGAGCUAUUUGAGUCGGACCUGGACAGGAUCAUGGAGCACGUGGAGAUGGCCAUGGAGAUGGUGCCGGUGCUGAAGAAAGCCGACAUCAUCAACAUUGUGUCCGGACCAAUCACGUAUACCCCAGACCUGCUGCCCAUGGUGGGACCACACCACGGUGUGAGGAACUACUGGACCGCCAUCGGAUUUGGGUACGGGGUCAUUCACGCCGGCGGUAUUGGAAAGUUCUUGAGCGACUGGAUCAGAAAUGGCGAGCCUCCGUAUGACCUCAUCGAGUGCGACCCUAACCGUUACGGGAAGUGGACCGACGUGCCGUUCAUGUGUGCAAAAGCUCGAGAGUCGUACGGCUACAACAACGUGGUCGGCUACCCCAAAGAGGAGCGGUUCGCCGGCAGACCCACCAGUCGGACCAGCGGACUGUACGAUGUCCUGAAGGACAAGUGCUCCAUGGGCUUCCACGCUGGCUGGGAACAGCCUCACUGGUUCUACAAACCAGGUGAUGACACAGGAUACAAACCCAGUUUCCGCCGGACAAACUGGUUCGGACCGGUGGGCCGCGAAUGCAAGCUGGUGAUGGAGAAGGUGGGGGUGAUCGACUUGACGCCAUUCGGGAAGUUCAUGGUGAAAGGAAAAGACUCGGUCAAGCUGCUGGACCGGCUGUUUGCCAACACCAUGCCCAAGGUGGGACAGACCAACAUCAGCCACAUGUUGACCCCUGCAGGGCGAGUCUUCGCGGAGGUCACCAUCACUCAGCUGGCGCCGGGCGAGUUCAUGCUGCUCACAGGCUCCGGGUCAGAGCUGCACGACCUCAGGUGGAUACAGGAUGAAGCUGCUAACGGUGGAUACGACGUGGACAUCACCAAUGUGACGGAUGAGCUGGGCGUGAUUGGCAUUGCUGGGCCCAACGCUCGCAAGGUCCUGCAGAAGAUCACCUCAGAGGACAUGAGCGACGGCACCUUCAAGUUCCUGCAGUGCAAGUCCAUCCAGCUGGCUGGCGCCCCGGUCAGAGCCAUCCGGAUCUCCUACACCGGGGAGCUCGGCUGGGAGCUCUACAUGGACCAGAAGAACAUGGCCGCCGUCUAUAGCGCCAUCAUGGAGGCGGGAAAAGACGAAGGAAUCGACAACUUUGGCACGUACGCCAUGACAUCACUCAGACUGGAGAAGGGCUUCAGAGCCUGGGGGGCCGAGAUGAACUGUGACACCAACCCUCUGGAGGCAGGUCUGGACUACUUCAUCAAGCUCAACAAGCCCGCAGACUUCAUUGGCAAAGCAGCGCUUCAGGAAAUCAAGGCGAAAGGUCUGAGGAGGAAGCUGUCCUACCUCAGCCUGGAAACUCUGGACAUCGACCCCGAAGGCAACGAGACUGUGUGGCACGAGGGGAAGGUGGUGGGCAACACCACGUCCGGCGCCUACAGCUACAGCAGCCAGCAGAGUCUGGCGUUUGCCUACCUCCCGCUGGACUUGUGCUCGGUGGGUCAAAAGGUGGAGGUGGAACUGCUGGGCAGGAAGUACCCGGCCAUGGUGAUUCAGGAGCCGCUGGUCCUCACCGAGCCCACCAGGACUCGCCUGCAGAAGAAAGCCAAGAGCAAAGCAUAAGCUGAGGUUCUGGAUCAGAACCUGGACUGCUGAGUUCUCGAAGUUUGCUGAGGUUCCUCCUCUGUCACGGACAUUUGAAGUCCUGACAGCAUCCGUUACCUUUGAGCUACUGCGACUUGAAGCUGACCUCUUACAGUGUAAUUCUCUCCGGUAAUUGUUUACAGUUUGUACUGUUUUAGACACGUGUGCUGCUGAAUUCUCAAAUUUGUACAAAGAUUUCUUUUUUUUAAAUAGCUUUUUUAACGAAAUAUCAUUUAAUGGGAUCAAAUGAUUAAAGGAUUUACACUUGUCA